GUGAGUGGGGGCUUGUAACAACAACGGCCUACGUAAAUCACAAUGGCGGGGGGGGGGGGAAUUAUGCGUGGCAUUUGCCAGUGUCACACGUUUUGUUCUGUGAACGUACACGUCUCAAUAUUGUACAAUUUAUUUCGUACGUUAUUCUCUAUUUUUAUUGUAGGCCGACAGUGCUGUCGUUGCGUAUAGGGACUUGCUUACAGUGUCCAGUUUGUGCGAGCAUUUGUCGGCCUUGAGAUAUUAAUUGAUGCAUCUGUCUCAUUCGAAUGGUUCAUAGCAGAAUGUUGGGGGCAGGUGCGCCCGCGGCUUUCCUAGUGAAUGAUAAAGGUCGCUGAAAGGGUUACGGUUUGGGAGGCUGCGCUGUUCGAGAUUUCGUGGUCAUACGAGGCAUGCUUUCGCUUCCGGGCGAGCGGUCAGAGAUGUUACAGAGCGCACGGUAAACAUCCACAACGAUAGACCGAGCAUCGAUGCUUCGUGCAGGCAGGAUGGAGGAGUUUGUUACGGAGGAAGAUGAGCCAUGGUACGACCAACGGGAUUUGGAGCAGGAUCUGCACCUGGCAGCUGAGCUGGGGAAGACCCUUUUGGAGCGCAACAAGGAGCUGGAGGACUCCCUACAACAGAUGUACAUCAACAAUGAGGAACUGCAGGAGAUCGAGUACCUGUCCAAGCAGCUGGAGAUGCUGAGGGAGAUGAACGAGCAGCACGCCAAGGUCUACGAGCAGCUAGACGUGACGGCCAGAGAGCUGGAGAUCACCAAUGAGAAACUGGUUAUAGAAAGCAAGGCCUCGCAGCAGAAGAUAGACAGGUUGACGGGUACCAUGGAGACACUGCAGGCUCAGGUGGAUACCAUGACAGCUCGUGUGGAGGAACUACGUACACUAGAGGAGCUGAGGGUCCACAGAGAGAAGCGGGAGCGACGCAAGACUGUCCACUCCUUCCCCUGCCUUAAAGAACUCUGCACUGCACCAAAGUAUGAGGAUGGCUUCCUGGUGGCCAACCCCGGCAGUGUGGACCUGGUGUCUGAGCGUGAGCACCGGCCGCUGGACGAGGAGAACGAGCGUCUAAAGGGUGUGGUCUCCUCCCUGAGGUCCACCAUGGUGGCAGAACGGGGCCGGAGGGAGGGGGCAGAGAGGGAGUGCACAGCUGUGCUGCAGGAGUUUGAGCUUAUGGAACAACGCCUCCUGGGGGCUGAGGGCUGCCAGCUGCGAGUGCAGGAGCUGGAGGCAGAGCUACAGGAGAUGCAGCAGCUGAGGAGGUCCCGGGUCUGUCUGUUGGAUGAGGGUCUGGAGCAGACCCUGCUCAACAAUGCCCCCGAGACCGACACACCCGAGGAGGGACCGGGGCAAAAGGAGGGAGGGGAGGGGACAGGAGGGGGGCAGCAGGGAGGCCCCGUGAGGAAGAGCUGCAGCGACACGGCGCUCAACGCCAUCUCGGCCUGCGACGCCUCUGGCAGGCGACAGGGCAGCUACGCAAUCCACGCCAACGGCGUGCGCAAGCGGGGUAUGUCCAUCCUGAGGGAAGUGGACGAGCAGUACCACGCCCUGCUGGAGAAAUACGAGGAGCUGCUGGGGAAGUGCCGGCGCCACGAGGAGAGCAUGUGCCACGCGGGGGUGCAGACGUCACGCCCUGUCUCCAGAGACCCCUCCAUGAAGGACUACGGCAUGGCCACCCCCGGCCCCUCAGCCAUGGUUGCUGCACCCCCCACCCCGCCCCAGACCCCCUCCACCCCAGAGGCCCUGGAGGGCAUCAGCCGGCAGGUAGACCAGGUGGACAAGAGGCUGGGCCAGAACACCCCAGAGUACAAGGCCCUGUUCAAAGAGAUCUUCUCCCGCCUGCAGAAGACCAAGAGUGAAGUGAACUCCACCAAGGGAGUCCCCAAGGGUAGAAAGUCCCCAAGGGUAGGAAGUCCUAAGGGAAGAAAGUCCAAAGACAAAUGAGCUGCUUUCGUGAUACUACUGAACAUGACCUCUCCUGAUACUACUGAACAUGACCUCUCCUGAUACUACUAAACAUGACCUCUCCUGAU